AUGGAUAGAGCAGAGUCAAUUACUACAGCUGCAUCGACGUCCGAGGGCUCUUCUCACGGACCUGCGAUCUCGCGGCUCCCUGUGGAGGUCUGCGAACGGAUCAUCGACUACCUAGCUGCGGGAUGGGAUACGGGUUACGUUGUUGCAAAGGGCGAGCCACAUCUGACCGCUCUCACAUCCUGCGCCCUCGUAUGCCAAGACUGGUACUUCCUGACGUGGUACCACCUUCGUCGACGCGUCCAUCUACGAGAUCGGACGGACGUCCUCUCGCUCUCGAAGACACUCCGCGCAAAACCUCGCCUCCGUGAGGUUGUUCACCAGGUCGUCAUAUCGGGUGCUUCUCCCGGGGAGCGUCAACCGAUCCGGCACCUGGGGACGUUUGCCGUUAUGCUCGCGGGCAAGGCUCCGAGGUUGCGGGUGAUCAUCAUUGAACAUGCUGAGUGGACCAUCGGCUCGGUCCGAAUGGAGGAUAUCGGCUUCCUAGGGGUGUUCAGCUACAUCGACACUCUAAACAUCUCCGAAGUCACCUUGUCGAGCGUUGCCCAGCUGUCCCACCUUGUUUCAGCACUCCCGCGGCUUAGGAAUUUAUGGUGCUCCAAUGUUGACUGCUUGCAGAAACAGCACGUCUCCCCGGCCUCUCUCCCCCUGAACUGUGCAAAUAUGAAGUGUCUCGAUGUGCGAUGGGUUGCACCAGCAGUCGAAGACCUCUUCAUGCAGAUCAGCCGGGCUUCUCGAGUGCGCGAUCUCGCUCUUGGGGUGGACGGCGAGUUGGAUCCAUCCUCGGCAGCCAGCAGAAGCCAGACUUUGCUGGAUGCGAGUUCCACAUCUGCAGAAACGGUUUCGGCAGGUUUUCCUAGUUAUCUCCCGAGCCACGUCGCUGAUUGUUUCAUGCCUACAGAGCGACAUUACAACCUUUCACACCACGACCAGCUGUGGAAGCUGGAGAUCUCGCUGUACCACCCCUUUGCAGAGUGGCUCUGGAUCCCGCACAUCCUAUCUCGUAUCGUCUCGAAACACUUCCAAGCUAUGGUCGUUAUGUUAUGGCUUCGGACGGACAACAUGGCCGAACACCUGGAUGGACUGCUGAUGACAAUGGAGCAGGAUGAUGUCCUGGCGCGAUUGGACAGUAUACUGCAGGAGAAGCGCUUCUCCGGUACUAUUGCGUCGCGCGGCUUCUGUAUAGGCAUUGGCGAUUUUGGAGACCAUUGGGCGUCUGGCAAUACUGGGAUGGGUUCAGCACUACGAGAGCGGUACGAUCAGUUGGACGAGCUCGUCAGGCGGAAGAUGCCACGCUCGCAUGGACGAGGCAUAUUGAGCACUGUGCAUAACACCCAAGACAUCUACAGCUGGAGCCAGGACAUGGAUGAGAUACAUCGUCAGAGUAUGCAAGUUGAACAGAAGAAACCGCCGGAGAGGAUGCGCACCCCCGGCCCAAGGUCUUCGACGCAACAUGUAUUGACAUCCCUGCAACCCUGCAUCCUGGCUCAUAUCGUCGCAUGGAGUUCGUGA